AUGACCAGUUGCGACUGUCAACUCUUCAACCUCCCCGGUAUAGGGCACCCUGGCCCUCUACUCCCCAACCGAAGCCGUCGCUCCUUCGCCAUUAUGUCGACCGAACGCAAGGUCUUUCACUGUGCAGUGGACGAGACAGCGUUGACCACGAACAUCAGCGAGAUCAAGAAAUGGACCACCAACGGCGCCAUCGAUCUCAUUGUCCCUCUUUACACCCUCGAACGUCUCCACGCCUUGAAGCGGGCCGGAUCCCAAGUCGCCAUCAAUGCCCGCGAGGCCGUUCGCUUCCUUGACCGCGUUACCUCCGGAAAAGACCACAUUACUGCCGACCGUGUAACCCUUCAGGGCCCGAUGGAACAGUACGAGCGCUGGGAAGAUGCGGAGAAGUUCUUUCUGCCCGAGUUCGAGGAGGAGCCCGAGCCUGAGCCCGAGCCGCUUGACAACGGCGAUGCAUCCUUUUCCGCGCCCCAGACCCAGGAGAACAAUGGCCCCACGGCUCCCGAGGACUUGUCGCAGAUGCUCCUGAGCAAAUUGAACUUCAAGAAGGAGACCGAGACUGCAUCCAUCGACUCCGUGGGGUCGCCCAGUGGACCCGGUUCGCGCACCUCCUCCCGCAGUUCGCGCACCAGCCCGGAGUGUGCUCAGCAUGAGAACGGUAUCCCCGACAAGUCCGAGCAGCUCCAGGCCAGACACCAGCGCACUGGUUCCGGAACCAUCAUCCCCAUGGCCCCGCCCGUCCUGCGCCCGUUGCUGAGUGCUCUGCUGUGGCGUCUGCACAGCGGCCCCGAUGCCGAGAACACCGCCAAGAGCUGCAUUCUGGUUACGAACGAUCGUGCGACGCAGGUAUGGGCUCAGAAAUUCGGAAUCGGCGUCAAGAACAUCCUUCAGCUGCGCACCGCCAUUCAAUACGAGGAGCGCGAGUACAAGAACAGAUGCAAAUACGUUGAGAAGACUCAGGCCCAACCUGCCGAACCCAAGACUCUGCUUUCCUACGAGGACGACAGCGACGAGGAUGAACUGGUCUUUGUGCCCCGUGGUGCUCCUCGCGGCCGGGGCAAGGGCUCCUCCCGUGGAGCUCGGGCCGGUUCCUCUCGCAAGACGGCGCCCAAGGCCGCUCCGAAGACCGUGCCCGCGCCCACCGAGGCCCCGAUCGACGUCCCCACGCAGCCCAUCGACCCGAACUCGUUCAGCCGAUCGUUGGGCGGUCCGAACAAGACCCCGACUGUUGACCUGAGUACCCAGCAGGGUGCUGCGCGCAACAACGCGAGCGCCUCGCGUCGUCCCAACAAUCGUCGCGGCGGCGCUGGCCGUGGUGGUGCUCGUGGUAACGGACGUGGUCGUGGCAAGCUGUGGGUUCCUUGA